AUGUCGGUCAGAACAGUGCCUACAGUCCACGACGGGAGACAAUCUCGUCUCGCUCCCAGGCGUCGGGCGCAGCCAACAUGGUUUCUUACGGCAUGCCUCCUGAUAAUGGUACUGAUUAUGCCUUGCCACUGCGUGGGACAUGAUGGCUCGUUUCUGAAAGAUUCCGAUGCGAGCGGGAGCCUGGCUGGCAGCUACAGCAGCGACUAUCCUAUUUUCUCUCCCAACUUUGCUGCGUCGUUCUCUUCUGCUAUCCAAUCGACAGAUACCAUGAACACCCAAAAUUUUGCAAGUCUGGCGACUACACCAACGAUCCCAACUAUGGCUCUCACCGUCACUGGGUCUGCAGCCACGUCCUCGUUACUUGGCUCCUUGACAUCGCAGCCACUUUCGGGAGGGCCUCCAUCGUUUGCAAGCUACUCUUCGUUUGCCGGCGAAGCAGGAACUCAAACUGGUGGGCCUCCUGCUGCUUGGUCUUCAAACGCCCCGAACAUCUCCCAGACAGUCUCUUCUACAGUAACUGUCCACUCGACAAAGACAUUCUAUACUACUUCUUCGACCGAAGCGACUGUGUUGUUACCUUCGUCAGCACAACUGUCACAACAGCCAGGAGGCAACACCACUCCAGGCUUGACCAUUACCGUACUUCCUAUUGGUCCUAUCUCGUCUGGUCUCUCCACUGGCAAUGGUACCACUAUCAAUCCUGAAUCAGCAGAUUCGGACGCCACAACAGCUGUGCCAGCUACCGUGUCGAUCACCAGCAGAUAUCUGUCUACGUCCACCACGACCGUAUAUAUCACGCCUACAGUAGCACCGUCCAGGACGACCACGACGGUGACGGUUAUGGAAACGCCCUUGACAAGCUGUUCUGGUGAUGCUUGCAGUGCUCAGAGCACCUCCAUAUCCGGUCUUGCCAGUUCUGUUACCAGCAACUCCACGUCUGCACUCUCCGACCUCGCCUCAAGCAACCUCCUCAGCCAGCCGAGUACGACCACCGAUGACGCAUAUUCAACAUUCUGGCAGAGCUACUCGAGCUAUAUGGCUGCCCACCCAAACCCGUCUGGCACCGGUCAACCUGGACCCGAAACGAAAACCAGCAGCACCCUCACAUUCGCAGGAUCAGAUUCGGGUCAAAGCUCGCUCAGUAUGAACGGUUCAACAGGAUCAACGUCACUAUCACCGUCAGUGCCCCUAACCUCAACUCCGCCCUCGGCCUCCAGCGCACCACCGAAGCCAUCAUCUCUACCUCCCGGAAUAUUCUUUUUCCCGGACACAGACGGAAUCGGAUACUCCUGGUCCCGUAUGACAUUGUCAGGGGGCCAUCUUAUAGCGACCAGACUGGGCCCGAUGACCACGACCUGCGUGCCCACUACAACAGUGACUACAGUGGGCGAGGAUGGAGUCACCAAGAUCGUUCCGCAAUGCAAGGCUGGCCCAGGUCCGAUGGUUACUCCGGCAGUGACGACCGUACCCACAACCGAGUCUGUAAAGUCGACUGCAGCUCCCGCCAACAGUAGCAGCAGCAGCAGCAGCAGCAGCAGCAGCAGCAGCAGUGUAUCUAGCGCCACCACAGCCUUAGCAUUACUAAAAAAUGCCGAAGAUCCAAUGCAUCAAUCAACUGCUGAUGACAUCUCGGUUACGCUUACGGCUGAGGCUUCUGCGACCCCUUGGGUUCCUCUUAUAAACGGUCCAGAUGGCACAAGUACUCCCCGUCGGCGGAAUAGGUCGUCUAAAGGCAAAGUAUGGAGCGGAUUCUGGCCCUUUUGGUAG